UCCAUAAAAGCUACAAGGUGAUUGGCUACGCAUUUCUCGGCACUAGAACUUGGACACAGUUCUUUAAAACCAGCCUUUAGUCACAAGCGCUUGAUCGCAAAUCCAAUAUCCAAUAGGAGAGUGUGUUUCCUAGAGACUCUCGCGCCGCGAGACGUGCAGUUGUGAGCCUGCCGAGCUGCGCCAAUCCGCCGCAGGAGUCGGGCGGUCCUCUCGACAGCGGCGGUUCAGUGGCGAAUCUUCUUCUCGCGCAGUUCUCGCAGUCGGCGUUCCGUCGUUCGCGUCGCGUGUCGUGUGCCGUGUCGUCGACACGCGGGGACUGCGUGUGGUGGUGGUGGACUGCGUCGGGAGAUCACACGCGUGCGCGCGCGCGCGCCAGGCGAACCAAAAUGGCUAAUUGUCAGACUGGUUGGUGCAGCAGGUGAGCGAGAGGAACACGCGAUUUUUCCGUCGCGUUACGCGCGCCAUCGCCAUCGUCUUCGUCGCCAACGAGCAGAAGCGACUCCCGCUCGCGGCGAAGCCCGGUGCCUCGCGCGAUUCGUCAUCGUGGCCGUCAGUCAUCGUCGAUCGUCGCCGACGAUGAUCGCCGACGGUCGUCGGGGGUCAAUUCUUUCCUGCGCGCCGAUAAUACGAGCGCCCCCCGUAGCGUCCACCCACGUCCGCCGAUGACUCGCGCGCGAGCGCGACGAGCGACGGGCAGGUACUUUCGCGAGCGUUAAAAGUCGAGAGUUCUCCGUCGGGAGUGCCGAGCCUCGAUGGGGAAUCGGUGGGACCGAUGACGGGAGAAGGAAGGAGAAGGGGACGAUGUCGACCGAGUCAACAAGUUCGGGAAGGAAAUCACCGGGACGCGCCGCUGCCGCCGUCGCCGUCGUCGCGGAUGCUGGCGCGUAGAUUAAUCUCCCGGGCGCCGCUCGCGUAAAACAUACGUCGCCAGCGUGCGUGUCGGUCGCGCGGUUGUGCGCGCGGAUCCUCUCUCCCUCCGCUCCGCCGCCCUCCCCGUCGCUCCUCCGCUACGUUCUCCCUGUGUACUGCUAGGCGCGCACUCGUUCGCGCGGGCGAGAAGUGAUGCAUAGAAAAUCCCUCGGACGGUACGCGCGACGUGUGUCUGUGUAUCGGCGUGUAGACGUAGACGUCGGCGGCGACCACGGGACGAGGCGGUGGCGGAAGAGCAGGAGGAGGUGUGUACACAUGCGUCGGAGUAACGUUACGUUCGUACAUCCGUGGGCGCGCGCGCGCGCAUCGUCAGGUGCAAUAUCUGUCUCCCCUGGUAGUAUCUUUUCCCCGAUAAUACGCGGCCUCGAUGUACACACCGCUGCAGCGUGACACACACACACACACAUACACACGCAGACUCAUCCAUACAUGCACACGUACAAACGUGCGCGCGCGCGCGCGUACAGUGGCCAUAAUGUCAUCCCCCGAAGGCUGCCCCUCAGUAAUUUACAAAGGGCUCGCUCUUCCGUGAAGCACGGCUAGUACACAGCACGCUUUUCCAGGCGGUACCUGCCGCUACGGAGCUCGCCGCUGGCGCACGAGGACAGGCGGCUGUGUUGAUACGAGACGGCGGAUCCGCGUCUCGCGCGCGCGCGUGCGCGCGCGGGUGCACGUGCACGCGUGUACGUACACGCACGCAGAUACGUAAACACGGCGCCUACGGCCCUCCUCUCACCCCGCGGCGCCCUGAGAUCCAUCGCUGGCUAGAAUGGCUUCUGGCGCAUCCUCCUUGGACAGUGCCGAGAGCAGUGAUGGUGCACUCAACAUGGAGGGGGAUAGCGGAAGCUAUGGCAGUGUUGGAAGUCCGGUUGGCGGCCCCGAGUGUCGUAGCGACUACGACGGUUUGCAGGCUCAGUGUGAUCAGGCGAUGCAUCAGCUUCAGCUACUUAGGCAUAAGCACUCCGAUACCAUAAGACGGCUAAUAUUAAAUCAUCUGCAAAGUAAAAAGAGAAAGUAUCUGAAAAACAGGUGUGAGAUUACUAUGAAAGAAUUGGAGUACUAUCGGGGGCAACACAUAGCAGUCAUGAAUCAGCUGGAGGCUACGUCGCAAGAGAGCUCUUCCUUACGAGCGAAAUAUGGCGAUCUGGCGAAUGACAAGCAACGAUUGGACCGGGAGGUCCAGUCGCUCCAGAAGGAACUCUCGGAAUUGCAGCGCAUGCAGAACCAGGAGGUCCUGGUCACCGAUGCCGCGGGCAACGAUACUAUGAAUCAGCACUAUCUCUCCGCGCUGCGAAAGUACGAGGCCGUUAAGGACGAAUACGAUUCCCUCAGGAAACGAUACGACGACCUGAUAGCGUCUCAUUCCUCCGCCGUCAAUAAGCUAGAGUUAUCGCAAGAGGACGCCAAGAGGCUGAAGAAGCAAUACGACAGCGUUCUAGAGGAGCGUAACAGCGUGCUUCGCGAGCGCAACGGUUUGAAGCAGCAGUGCACCGCUGCGAUUCGCCAGUGGGACAUCGCGCUGAGGGAGAGAAACGAGUAUCGCGAAGCGCUCGCCAAGGUGCAGCAGCAGCACGAGGAGGCGGUCAAGGAGAUCAACCAGGCGAUGAUGCUGCGCAUGAAGGCCAGCAAGGAUAUGAAACGUCUCACGGAGGAACGGAACGCCGCCCUGCAGGAGUACAGCUUGAUCAUGGGGGAGCGGGACACGGUGCACAAGGAGAUCGAGAAACUGGGCGACGACCUCACGCAGGCGUACACCAAAGUCACGCAUCUGGAAACGCAGAACAAGCAGCUCGUCGACGAGAAGAAAACGUUGUCUUAUCAAAUCGAGACACUGAAGAGGGAGAUCUCUUCUGCCCUGCAAGACAGAGACGACGCUCUGAAGGUGUGCAACGAGUUACGGCAGAAAUUCGGCGAUUACUCCGAAGGCGCCAGCAGAGACUACAUUCAUCGUCUGGAGCUGAACUCUCUCACUCACGAACGCGACAGCGUCAGCAAGGAGGCCGAGAAGGAGGCCAACCCGAAAGACGCGACGCGGGACAAGCAACGCAUGGAUAACUUGGAGCAGGCUAAUUUGGAGUUGGAUAAACUCAGGAAAUCCGUGGACACGCUUCAGACGGAGCUCGAGGAGGCGAUUCAGGAGGCCGAGGUGUCGAAGAGGAGGCGAGACUGGGCGUUCAGCGAGCGCGACAAGAUAGUGCUGGAGCGGGAGAGCAUAAGAACUCUGUGCGACCGAUUACGGAAGGAGCGCGACCGCGCGGUCUCCGAAUUGGCCGGCGCUCUGCGCGAUUCCGACGACAUCAAGAAGCAGCGAAACGAGGCGUCGAAGGAGCUCAAGGAUCUAAAGGAGAAGAUCGAGUUCGGCGACCACACGUUGCGAACCAGCCAGCUGGCGCAGAUCGACGAGAGCAACGACUGGGAAAUGAUUCCGAUUCAUGUCGAGCCCGGCAGAGUCUGCCUGGAUUCGGAUCGCGGUGACCUGGGGCUGAUCCUCGUCGGUGGCCGCGACAGCCCGUACUAUCCGAACGACACCGGCGUUUACGUAGCGCAGGUGACGCAGGGUAGCGCCCUCGACGGCAAACUACGGGUCAACGAUUGCAUUGUGCGAGUGAACAACGUCGACUGCACGUCCGUGUCAACCCGCGUGAUCCUGGAAACUCUGCGCUCGUCCACUGUGAAUCCGGCAACGCUGAUCGUGAAGCGGCGUCGCAUCACCAGGCGAUCAUUGAGAACCACGCAGCUGUCGGUCGGCACAGUGCCACACGGUAUCACUCUAGAGCUUGGAAUCUACAUCUCGAAAAUAUCGCCCGGCAGCUUGGCCGCCAAGGAUGGAAACCUCGCCGUGGGAGAUAGAGUGUUAAAUAUUAAUAGUAAACCCAUGGAUACCAUAACUACGGUGCACGAAGCGAUGGCGAUUCUAAACGACGACACUGUAGACGUAUUGACAAUCACGACGUUGAAAGGUAUUCCGGUACCCUCCGCCGCGAGUUCGGAGACGAUAGACGGCAGUUUUGUCGCGGAGAAGCAAAAGAUGGUCAACAGCUGCUCGCAGACCGAGCAGGAGAGAAUGAUGCUGAAAGCCUCGUCGGACGACUACGAGAGGCGAUAUCUGUCGACAAACUUUGCCGACCGCAACGUCUACAAGGCCGCCAAGUCCGUGAGCGGGGAGAAGUCGAGCGGGAUUAGUAACGCAUGGGACAACUUCCGGGAGAAGAUCGACAUAGUGCGCGGCCGCAAGCACAGCAAGGAGCGCGACGACAGCAAGAAGAAGGGCCACCGCAACUCGAGCCCGAACACGUUCGAACAGGAGCAGGACGCGAUAGCGGAGCUGGACUCGGUGAUCGAGAGCUACCACAAGAAGGCGAGCAACAGCAACAACGGCGUGCUGAAGCGCAGCAAGCGCCGCGGCACCGAGAAAGUCGAGAAGAACGGCGGCACGUGGCCGAAGGCGCGCGGCGGACCCCUCAUACAAAAUGGGACCGGUACUAUAUUGCACCCGCGCAAAUCGAAAGAACGUUUCCCCCUCAGUGUACUCCUGCACCCACCAAAAUACGAUAACUAUAAUUACAAUCGCAUCUCAAACCCCAUCCCCCUGACCAACUUUUCCAAUGUGAAUAAUCGUCAUACCGUUUACAAAGCAGUGGAGAGCCCGCUACCGAGCUUCACCAAGACCGGGCAGCUCUUUAGCCAGAAGCAGUCGUUCGUCACGCCGGCGGUGCAGUUCAAGGACGUCCCGCUCGACGGCGGCGGUAAGAAGCCGCCGUCGACGGAGUUCGAGAGCAGCACGUCGGAAACCGGACGACUCGGCUCCGCGCUGGCGCCGUCCGAGACCAGCAUCGACUUCUCGGUCAAGUCCGGCGGUGCCGGCCGCGACGGCCGCGACGUCGACUCGUACUUCGUGAACAAACGGAUGCAAAAGUACGGGGUCGGCAGUAGUAGCGACACGCAGGUGACGACGGACACGUUGCAGCACAAUCGCGUGCACUCGCAGCUCUACUCGUCGGGCAUCGGUGGCUCGUCCACGUCCGCCGCGUCGACCACCAGCGGGCCGACGUCGCGACAGCAAAUGGCACCCGGUAACUUUCCGUUUCCCACGCAUCAUCCGUACGUGCCUACCGCGCCGCCGUCGCACCUGCAUCAUCUGCAUCCGCAUCCCACGCAGCACCAGAACUCCCUGCCCUCGCGCUAUCCUUCGCCGCCGUCGCUGCCGUCCGCACAGUCCGGCGAGUCCAUAGGCCUGCCUGACACGCGCACCUACUGUUUCGAGCCCCCGUACAGCCCCGGGCCCCCGCAGACGACCCCGACCGCUUACGGCCACCUGCACACGCCCUCCGUAGAUCUGCACUAUCACAAGCCACGCGCACUCCCGCUCCCGCUCGGUAUACCAUGCGACACGUCCAUCUACGGCCACGGAUACGAGGGCGGCACGCUGCCGGGUCGGAAGGAGGACCAGCGCAUCCGUAUACCGUCCAACACCAGCGUCACGUCCAAGAGCAGCGUCGGCAAGUUGUCCACCGGCAGUAUAGAAAGGACCUCCGAGCGCGGCAGCCCGAUGCCGACGUUUCACGUGGAAGUGCUCAGCCCGGGUACCGGCAGCACCAGCGGGAUCGGUAGCAGCGGCGGCACCGUCCGCGGAAGCGGCAGCGGUAGCAACAAGCGCGCCAGCAUGCCGGAUUACUGUUACUCCGCGCAGCCGCGCCCGGCGCCCGGGGAACUGCGCCGGGUCCACAUAGACAAGUCCGUGGAGCCGCUGGGAAUCCAGAUCUCCUGCCUCGAGAGCGGCGGCGUCUUCGUUUCCACUGUGUACGAGCACAGCCUAGCGUCACAGGUUGGCCUGCAGAUCGGUGACCAGCUGCUCGAGGUCUGCGGUAUAAAUAUGCGGAGCGCGACCUAUCAGCUGGCCGCCAACGUUCUACGUCAGUGUGGUAACUCGAUUACAAUGCUGGUGCAGUAUAGCCCGGACAAAUACACCGAGCUAGAGGGCUCGGGGUCCUCGAGCUCGUCGGAAGCUGGCGACGGAGCCGCAACCGGAAGCCGCAGCGGCUCGCCGACACCGUGCAACAGCCCGGAGGCGCCGCGCAAGAGCGCAGUGGAGACGCUGGAGCCCGCCGAGCCACCGGAACGCGACGCCACCAUCACCAUCGCCACCACCGCUCCUACCGUCACCACCACCGCCGUGCCCACCAUGAGCACGCUACGCGUCGAGCGGGACAUGCGGCCGUCCGCCUCGCUGGAGGUGAGAAGCACGCAGGAGCGGGAACGCGAGAUGAGGCCGUCCGCGUCGUUGGACGACUCGUUCAACAUCCGCAAGCCGGAGCUUCGCAGCGCCGCCACGCUGGACCGAUUGAAUCGCGCGCAGAUGCUGCGACAGAACGCGAUGAGGAGCCCCACGCAGGAGGAGCAGAGGAAGCCGCCGCCGAGCGGUGAGCCGCGGUACCUGCUGAUCGAGACCAGAAAGUGCUCGAAUCUUGGUAUAUCGCUGGUAGGCGGCAACGGCGUCGGUAUCUUCGUGCACUCCGUUCAGCCGGGCUGUCUCGCCGAGGAGGCCGGCCUAUUUGCCGGGGACAGGAUCCUCGAGUACAACGGCGUGGACCUGAGGCAGGCGACCGCCGAGCAAGCGGCGCUCGAGCUGGCCCGACCGGCGGACAAGGUGACGUUAGUCGCCCAGUAUAUGCUGGAGCGGUAUAACGAGGUCAAGGACAAGCCGGGCGACAGUUUCUACGUGAAGGCGUUGUUCGAUCGAACCGGCGAAGUGGGCGACAGCCUGCAGCUGCGGUUCAGCAAGGACGACAUCCUGUACGUGGACAAUACCAUGUUCAACGGCACGCCGGGCCACUGGCGCGCCUGGAUAGUCGAUCAGACCGGUCGUAGGCAGACUUGCGGGAUAAUUCCCAGCAAAUUUAAGGUCGAAGAAGAAUUGCUCCUACGACGGUCGCUGGGUGAUUUGGAACAAGACACUGGCAAACGCAGCGAUACCCGCGCGAGGAGAAGUUUCUUCCGUCGGAAGAAACAGCAGCAACGGUCGUCCAGCAGUAGGGACAGUUGUAAGGAAAUGUCGCAUCUGACGGGAGUCAAUUUAGGCUGGUACAGCGACAGUGGGACGUUGAACGAAGAUAAUCUUCCGGCGAGUUAUCAGCGCGUCGAGAGACUGGAUUAUCCCACUCUGAGACCCGUGUUGAUCAUCGGUCCGCUCAGCGAGUGCGUGGUGACGAAACUUUUACAGGAAUACCCGGGACAGUUCACUAGAUGUUUGGCGGAGGCGAUGCAUUGCUCGCAAUCGACUUUGGAGCAAGGAUUGCGUGACUCGCUCUACAUAGAUUAUAGGAAAAAGGGCAGCUACUUCGAGUGCACGACGGUGCAGGCCGUUAAAGAUAUAUGUGAGAAGAAUACGCACUGUAUUUUGGAGGUGUCGAUAGCUUCCAUCGAGAGGCUCCACAGACAUCAAAUUUACCCUAUCGUCCUGUUAAUCAAAUUCAAGGAUAGGGCGCAAAUUAAGGAAGUAAAGGACUCGAGAUAUCCAAGCGACAAAAUCAGUACAAAGGCUGCGAAAGAGAUGUUCGAACAGGCGCUCAAAAUCGAAGCGGAGUACAAGCAUUACAUUUCCGCCGUGAUCCCGGCAGGCGUGAAUGUGGCAUAUAUAUGCACGCAGGUGAAAGCCUCGGUAGACGAGGAACAAAGCAAAGCACUGUGGAUUCCUAGAGGGGGUCCCUGACACAAAAGGGGGGGUCCCCACAAGCCGCAGUGGAAGUCAAUCUAAAUUCCACCACGGGGGCCCUUACGUCGUGCAUGCAUAUGCGAAAAUCUCUGUGCAAAAUCAGUCUUUUUGUUUAUGGUCUCUUGAUUUCGGAAGGAGAAUACCACACCCUCCGCGGUUGUUUUUUCUUAACGAAGAAUCGCUCAAUUUGGUUGUGAUAAGACGAAUUUCUUGUGAACCAUUUUGUUUUAGCGCAUUUAACUCGUUGAAUUAUGUAAAAAGUAUGUGAAAACAGGUACGUACAAGUAUUUCAGUUUUCGUCGCGUUUCUUUCAGUUGUCAUUUGAAAACUGAAUUAUUUUGCUGAACUUUUAGUUAUAUGAUGUUCUUUUUGCAUUUAUCCGCAUCAGUAUCAAUGUCAGUGUCAAUAUAUAGCUCAUCUGUGAUCACUAAAUAAUCUAUACAACUAUAAAUCUGUGGAAGCUACAAGCUAAAUUUAUUUUGAAGGAUAAUCUCUCGUGUUCUUUUUUUGGAAUCAACUUUCUUGAUGAAUAUUACAAGUAAAAUAUUGAUGAAAUAUUUAUGAAAUUGGUGCUUGCCUUUUCAAGUAUCUUGCUCAUUACUAAUUGACUGAGAAUAGCAGUAAAACGAAUCAUAUUCAAUAGUCAGAUUGCUUCGAUCUCCGAUUGUGUAUGAUCAGGUAAUGCAACGGGAAAUGCGGCUAAAGUUGAUAAAACUAAUUCAUACGAGACCAUAAAUGGAUCGUUAUAAAAAAAGCACUUGUAUUAUGGCCCGUUACAGAAUUGGUGGAUUAAUAUUGACGAAUUGACGUUGUUGAUUAGUAAAUAAGUUACGGCCAUUUUGGCGGCUAUUAUUGCUAAUUAACCCCUCAUACCAAAUUCGUGUACAGAUUAAGAUUGAUGAAAAAACGAUUAUUUUUUUAAGUAGCAAAAUUAUGUAUAAAAAAUUAUUAAUAUUACAUUUAUAUAUAAGAAAAAAGGCUACUGUAUAUAAUUUAUUUGCAUAUAAGUUUAUAUAUUUAACUAAUUUUUAGUUUGUAUGAUUCAAGCUUCAUGUAUAUUAUUUUAUCUUUUCAAUUGUGUAAUUAUUGAGAACAUUUUAUGGCGCACAUAUUGUAUAUUAGACGGGUUUGAGGGGUUAAGGAAUUAUUAAAUUAAGGAAUUGACGAGGGGUAAAGAUUGACAGAAAAAGAUGGAAUUGACGCGAGUAAUGCUCCAUUUUUACCGAAUUGUAAAUACUUGUAUCCGACUAUAAUAUCUACCAGCCAAACAUAAUUGGUGACAUUGAAACUAACACUCGCAAUUUAAUCGUAAACAAUACGAACGAUUGACUCUCGUCGUCUAAGAUCGGAAUUUUUGCAGAUUUAUACCAUUUCUAUUUUUUAAGCGAGCUAUUCUUACACGAGCUUACAUAUAGGCGUUUAAUACGAUGCGGUUACAUGAAUUCGAGUUAUACACGCGUUCACUUUUAAAAGUGCAUCGCGAAGUGGAUUUACGAAGGAUCCACGGAGAUUUGAAAGCGGAUACAUGUGUCUUUGUACGUUCUAAUAAUAUUAUUUGUAAAUACGAUUUUUCUACAGUACCGAGAGAUAUAUUUGAUUUAAGAGAUACCUUUUAAAUCGAUGUAAUUAAUUUUUACGAUCGUUUAGUAUGUAUAUGAGUUAAUUGUAUCUGUACCUGAAUCUUGAUUUCUUCGUAAUUUGAUAGAUGCAUUUUGAGGAUUAAUAAUUUGGACGUGAUUUUUUAAUGCGAUAAAUAAGAAUACAUAAAAUGUAUUCGUGACUAUCCGUAUGAUAAGAGAAGAAAGAGGAGGUAUUUUCUCCCUUGCUCGAAAUACCUUUGACAUUACAAGAAAUCAGCUUUUCAUUACGAAUCAUCUUACGAUGCAAUUAAAUGCAGUUCGGUACAUGUGAUAAUAUGAAUAAUAAUCUAUGCGAACAAGUCGACGAUUUAGAGGUAUCACGUCACGUAUCACGUGGAAAAGAGAAGAAAACGUAGGAGGUGUAGAAAGUGGAAAAUACGAGCUUGUUGGUUUCACGCGAAAUUUUGUUUUCAACGAGACAAUAUCUAGGCGUAAGUUAGAAGCGAGACCAAAAACUAAAGGAUUACUAACGCUAAUUUCUAAGGAUUGUGAUUAGACUUAAUUCGUACUCCAGUAAUAGCGCGGCACGUUUAAUACGCGGAGAAGCGAUAGAUAUACUUUUUGAUAUAUUCUGGGAGAGUUUGCCCUGCGCGAUUAAUGUUUUCUCAAAUGUUUCGAUUGCGCGACAGGAUGCGCUUGUAUUUAAAUGUACGUAUAGGGACCAAAAACAUUUAUUGGUGUCUUCGAAACGACAAAAAACAAAAACGAAUGAGAAAACGAAUCGUAGUUUAUACUGAAGCUUCCAAGGGAAACGGACAACAUGAAGAAACGAUUUCUAGCAAAAUAGUUUUCUGAUAACAAAAAAGAAACACUUCUUACGAGUACGAGAAAAAUCUAAUUAAACAAGGCGCAUGUGUGUACAAAUGAAACUUGAAUUUCAAAUCGAGGGUUCGGAUCCUCAGACAUUGCUCUCCUUCCAAACUGUUUCGAACGAUGUUUAUCGUGUGACGAAAACAAAAUUUCAAUAGGUAAACUCGAUGGUUUAGAAAACCGAGAACAAGAGCGGAGAACGGGGGAGAGAAGGAAAAAGAAAAGGGGAAAUUAAAGCUGUUGCGAUAACUCUCUCAAUCACAGCUCUGUGAUACACAUAGUAUAUGACUUCGAUGACAUAUCAACUUAACAAUCCUUUUACAUAUAUAUAUACAAUAUAUAUAUACAAUAUAAAAUACAUAUUUUGGGCAAUACUUAUAGACAUGUAUGUUAUAUAUAACAUAUAUAACAACGCACUUUCAAUAUUUUUCAUCGUAAGCACGUGGUUCUAACGCAACAGUUAAUUUAAUAUGUGUGAAGACGUAAAAGAGAUCGGCGAUUUGUGGGGACUAGUCAAAUCCAGCCCGAUCGAAGCAAAUAUACUGUUAAAUUGCAAUGGUUCGAGGACUAACCAACAGUUAAAGUCUCGCUUAAUAAAAUCUCGAGCUUUACAGAACAAUUAUUCCAUAGUUCGAAGUAGUAAGAAUCGUUCCAUGUGUUCCAAGUUACUUUAUAAAAUCGAAUUUAUGUGCCAAUUGCGAGCGAUGAUCGCGCGGGUCACGACUGGUUCCCAUUGGUAUUCUCCGCUGUUUUCUAUGAACAACUUCCAUGUGCCACCUGUCUCGAUUGCACUAACUGUCCGAGAAAUAAUAAUCAGUUCUGUCUAUUGCCGUUUUUAGAGCGUCAACCGUUUCCUCGCCGUAUUAUCUACUAUAUCUGUCCUGUUGGUUUAUAUUGACUUUGUAUCUGCAUCUGAACCGAGCAAAACGAUGCGCGCAACUUUCUUUUUUUUUCCUUUGUCCUGCCUUGAGGUUUUGUGUAUAAAUACAAAGAUGUAUUCAAGUAUUUCAACGAUAUCUCUUAGAUAUUGCAAUCAAUAUAAUACUAAUAUUGCAGAUUUUUUUACGUCUUGAAAUAAUUGAAAACCGCAGAAUUUUCACGCUCUUAGUUUACUGUUGUAAUUAAUAUUUUUCUUAAAUCAUGAAUAAUUUUGUUUCUACGUGCAUUCGCCCAAAUAAAUGCUCUUAUUUAAUUGUGAUAGUUAUUGGAAAUUCUGAUAGACGUAAAUAUGAUUUAAGGAGCGAUAUUUAAUAGUAUUAUUUCUCAGUAUUUGAGGAACGUGGGGAUACACGUUACUGUUUUGAUACGAAAGCGGUGUAUCGUUUUGCUGGUUAACGGGUUUCUUAGGCUAACAAUAAGCGAGAGAUACUUGUCCGUAGUUUAAAGUGUGAUAUUAAUCAAUGCAUAAUCCGAAGACACGUAUUAAGCAUCCUCGUAAUUACCGUACGAAGCUGUUCCCCGUUUAUACGAAGAGUUUCGCGAUUACACUAACUCAAUUAUUAAUCGGAUAUGCAGGGUGCGUUCAUUUUUCACGUCGACACAGCUGUCUUUGAACAUAAGAAUCAAUCGUGAAUCGAUAACACGAGAACACUUGCAUAUAGUUAUGGAUCUAUUCUGUAAAAGUGCUCUGUAACGCUGUGUCUCUGUGAGCUACGUUUCGCGAUUACACUAACAUUUUAGAGCGAAAAGAAAAAGAAGCUAAAAGCUUAUAGAGCAAAAGUUUACAGAAUAGACCUGUUAAGAGGAUAUACUGUAAUUAUAUAAAUAUAUCAUUACUUUUGCAGGCGAAAGUAAUAAGAGACGAAACAAAAAUGCCUUUCUAGCUGCGUGCGAAAAAGAAACGCGGAUGCAAAUUCGAGGUAGAGAUCGUCAAGGGAAAAAAAUUUGAGGAACUCGCGGAAUCGAGGGAGGGUCCGUUUGAAAUAUUCGAAUUCUCCUCGACGAUUUCAGAACGUUCGUCUCGUCGCGUUGUCUCUUUUACAAACGGAAAGAAAAUCAAGUCUGGCUUCUCUUCGCGUGCAUACGUUAAUCUCUUAAUUUUAUCAUGAGUUAUGAAAAGAACGGAGUACGGUCAACUAGCUCCGCAGUGUACUUUUUUUUUUGCAAAAAUAUUCCGCUCCAAUUAAUCUGGUAUAAGAGAAGCGAUUUGCGCUACGUGAAGCGUCGUCGUAUUAUAGACGUUAUUGGCGAAUAAGCAACGGUGAUCGGUAAUUUGAGACACGCUGAUAGCAAUAAAAGUAAGAAACGCUGCCAUGAAGGAUCUCGGUAACACGAGACGUCGCAUUUUGCCAAUUUUAUUACAUAAAUAUAGAUGAAAAUCUCGUGUAAUAAAAUUUCGAACGACCGCUCAUUUCGUCGAGUUACGACGGGCUCAUCGUUCCUGCUAAUGUUUACAAAUUGUUAUUCGAUGAUCAAUACUACGUAUUUCUCAGGCAUAUAGUAUAAUUAACGGCACGGUUUACCCACGAUUGUAAAAACUACCAAACACAAAUGCUCGACUUAAACGCAAGUUACAUUAUAAUUCGAUAUUGCAAAUAUUGCAAUCGAGGAAACUUCGCUUUUUCACACAAUGUGCGAAAUUUAAAAAAUUAAAUUCUACAAGCGAAUUACAGACAUUUAUAUCACUAAUCUUGACAAAAGUCAUUCUUUUCAACAAAUAAGACAUUUAGAGCAGUAAACAAUUAUUAGAUUUUUCAAAAUUGACAGCGGACUGUAUGUAACAUUACUGAUCGAACAAUACACUUCUGAGAGUCUUAUUUAUGCACAUAUAACUUGGAGAAAAAAAAUCCAGGCAAGGGUGCUUCUAUUUAUAUAUGAAGGUUGAUAAAUAUAUGUGAUGUGAUUACAUACCCUAACUUGAAUAAGGGAAAAAGCGUCAAACAAUAGGGCAGUUUGAUAAAACAAGUAGGAGCAAUUUAGAGUUCAUCGACAAAGUGCAUUGUUACACGAGCAUGGUGCGAACGGAGAUUGCGAUUGUGCCAAGAAAUAGAGAUAUUUUUUAUACGAAUUGGUAUAUGUACAGCCGGAAAAGCGGCGUUGAUUACUCUCGACGGAACGAAAGUAGAAUAGACAAUCUGGUUAAAAGUAAACUAUCUCGCUGGUGGAACAGUGAAUUGGACGUGCUCGGGAUGUCACAUCUGUCCCGAACAAUUCUUACGCUCCGAAAAUGAAACGUCUCUCCGUUAUUAGAGUUGUAGAAUCGCGUCUUCCUCUUUGCUCCUCUUCCGCUGUAUCUAUAGAGAACAAAAAAAGAAAGCGAAUUUACCCUCUUCGUUCGUAAAGUUCAGAGUUUAUUUUAGUAAUCUCGUUUCGCAGGUAUAAUAUUUUUAUAAAUCUGUUUAUAAUAUGAAAAUAAAGUAAAGAGAGCGACUUUUAUCGUGAAUCCAUUCUAUUUCAUUACUCGCGUUUCAGGCUCUCGCUUUAUAUCAUCUUCCCAAAGCCUUUGUCGAUUUACAUACAAAAGCAGGGGGCUGAAUCGCUUUCUUUUAUUAUGCACGACGGUGCGUAAUAGUAAUUAACGUGGUCUCAUUAAACUUUAACGAGCGAAGUACGAGACUUUUCGAGGACGUUUUAUUUUCUUCUUCCUGCAAUGGUUUUGAUACCAAAUGUUUUAGCUGGUAUUAAUAAAUAUACUUACAUUUCUGCAUAUGUAACGUUAUUACACAAAUGCAUAUUAUACGUAAAACGCGUGUAUUCCACGAUACGCGUAGGCAUACAGAGGGUCGCGCAUUGAUCGGAUCCGAAAUACACACAGACUCAUCCUGUAUAUGUAUUAUAAUAUAAUAUGUACAUACAUAUUACGACGGGAUAUGAAAAGUAUAACGUUUGUAAUACCAUGUAAUGAAUGUAUGACAAGAUAAUCGGAUAAUUAUUGUUGAGCUGCAUUCAGCGCUACGCGAAUACCCAAAAUAAAACAUGAAAAAAAACAGAAGUAUUAACGUUUUAAGGAUCGUUGCUGUUUGUGAAUCUUCUUCCUUUUAAGAACGUACAUACAAUAUUGUCUGAGACAUGUAAAGGGAGCAAGAAAAAUAAAGUUGAAUAUAACGAAAA